AUGAACACCAGCCAAGGCCCUUUUCAGUUUUCUUCUGGGUCCCUCAGGGGUAGUUCAGGGUGCGGUUUGGCCCAGCAAGGAACUGCUUUCAGACCGUCAAGCGCAGUUGGUGGUGCCAGCAGCACACAAACCUCCUUCUCCUCCACAAGACCCCUCUGGCUGGCUGCUGGAGGAGGGGCACCUUGGGGAGGCUUCGGCGAGCACCAUGGGGAAAGCAUCUUCCUGGGUGGGAAUGAGAAACAGACUAUGCAAAACCUGAAUGACCGUUUGGCUGCCUAUCUGGACAAGGUUCGUUCCUUAGAAGCAGCUAAUGCUCAGCUGGAAAGCUGCAUCCUAGAGUGGCACAAGACAAAGUCUCACGGCAAGAGGCAUGACUUCAACCAAUAUGAGCAAAACGUCACUGACAUGCAAAGACAGAUUGAGGAUGGCAAGAUCACCAAUGCCAGUAUCCUUUUACAAAUUGAUAACGCCAACAUGGCAUCUGAAGACUUCAGGCUCAAGUAUGAAGCAGAGAAGUCACGCAGGCAGGGAGUGCAGCUUGAUGUGGAGAACCUGCGGAAGGAGCUUGAUGGCCUGACCAUUAUUACAACAGAUUUGGAAAUGGAAAUCGAGGGCUUGAGAGAAGAGCACAUCCUCAGGAGGAAAGACCAUGAGGAGAACAUGGAAGCAAAUCGCUCAUCACAAGACUUCAAAGUCAAUGUAAAAGUAAAUGCAGCACCUCCUGAAGACUUAGCCAAGAUUCUAGCAGAAAUAAGAGAAGAUUAUGAAGCCAUCAUUGAAAAGAAUCGUCAAAGCCUGGACAGUUGGUACAAAGAACAGAGCACAGCAAUGUCCCUGGCAGCAACCCCAAACCCAGAGCAGAUACAGCGUAACGAGACUGAGAUCAAGGAUCUCACACGUACCUUACAGUCCCUGGACAUCGAGCUGCAGGCACAGAUGAGUAAGAAACGCAUGCUGGAAGACACCUUGGCUGAUACUCGGAAUUACUACACUGUCGCACUUCGAAACAUGCAGCAGAUUAUCUCCAAAUGUGAGGAAGAGCUAAGCGAGGUUCGCCAUGACAUUAAGCAGCAAAAUAACCAAUACAAGGUUCUUCUUGGGAUCAAAACCCGCCUGGAGAAGGAAAUUUCCACCUACCGCCUGCUGCUGGAAGGGAAUGCUGACGGGAUCGCAAGAAAAUGUGACUCAAAAGCUAAAGGUAAAUGUCCCUUAUUUUGUUCUCUAUAG